AUUCCCAUUUUGACGGAGUUCAUAAUCUUACAAAGGAGCAUUCCGAACUCAUGAUUGCAGUCAAAGAAUCCAUGCAUUUUACCCGACAAUUCUCAACUUCAAUUCAACAAAGACGAAUCCUCCUUUCCUCCAUCCAAAAUCCCCAACUUUAUCUAACAAACAGAGUCCUCAAUGAAGAGUAUUGUCGCCAAAUACUAGAUGAAAAUCCAGAUAUCAGAACAUUACAAAAAACCCACUGUCAAAUCAUCUUCGAUGAGAACCUCAGAUCCAACUCAGUAAUCAGAAUCAAACUCAUGAGAGCUUAUUCAGCUUUUGGACAACCGGAUACCGCACGCCACAUAUUCGACGAAUCUCCCGAGAAAAACGUUAUAUUUUUCAACGUCAUGAUCAGAAGCUACAUGAGUAAUCGUAUCCAUCAAGACGCGCUAUUAACAUUCAAGAACAUGGCUGAUUACAAUAUUACGCCUGAUCAUUACACUUAUCCCUGUGUUUUGAAAGCAUGUUCAUCUUCAAGUAAUUUGAUUGUAGGAAAACAGAUUCAUGCUGCUGUGAUUAAAGUUGGGCUUGAUAAAAGUAGUCUUUUUACAGGGAAUGGUUUAGUAUCAAUGUAUGGAAAAUGUGGUUAUUUAGUAGAUGCACGUCAGAUGUUCGACGAAAUGUCUCAAAGAGAUGUGGUUUCAUGGAAUUCAAUUGUAGCUGGUUAUUCACAGAAGGGAUGUUUUAAUGAUGCAUUAUUAGCUUGUAAUGAAAUGUUAUCAUUGGGUUUCAAAUCUAAUGCUGGAACAAUGGCUAGCCUCUUGCCUGCAGUAACCAAUACAUCAUUUGAAAAUGUUAAGUUAGUUGAAGAUAUGUUUAUGAAUUCUUCUAAAGAGAGUUUAGUUUCUUGGAAUGUGAUGAUUUCUGUUUACGUGAAGAAUUCUCAACCCGCGAAAGCUUUAACUCUUUAUGCAGAGAUUGAAGAUCAUGGGUUAGAACCCGAUUCGAUUACCAUUUCUACUGUUCUUCCUGCUUGUGGAGAUCUAUCAGCUAUCUUACAUGGAAAAGAGAUUCACAGUUAUGCAGACAGGAAGUUUCUUUUACCAAAUUUAUCUGUUGAGAAUGCUUUAAUCGAUAUGUAUGCGAAAUGUGGAUCUUUACAAGAUGCGCGCAAAGUGUUUAAUGAAAUGUCCACUAGAGAUGUUGUAUCAUGGACUUCGAUGAUAACUGCUUAUGGUACAAGUGGAAACGGUCAUGAUGCGGUUUCCCUCUUCUCGGAAAUGCUGGCUUCGGGUCUCAUACCUGAUUCGAUCGCAUUCGUGUCAGUUAUCUCUGCAUGUAGCCAUGCAGGACUUCUCGAAGAUGGAAGAAAUUUUUACGAUUUAAUGAUAGACAAGUAUAAACUAUCUCCUAGAAUAGAACAUUUCGCAUGCAUGGUUGAUCUACUAGGACGCGCUGGAAGAUUAAACGAGGCGUAUGAGUUUAUUAUGAAAAUGCCAUUGGCACCGAACGAAAGGGUUUGGGGGGCUUUGUUAGGUGCUUGUCGGGUUUAUUCUGAUAUGGAUAUUGGAAUUGUUGUGGCGGAUAAUCUUCUCAAAUUGGCUCCUGAGCAGUCAGGUUAUUACGUUUUGCUGUCGAAUAUUUACGCGAAAGCUGGUAGAUGGGAAGAAGUUAGUGAAAUUCGAUCUAUAAUGAAAGGAAGAGGAAUAAAGAAGAUGCCCGGGAUUAGCAAUGUUGAAAUUGAUCGAAAUGUGCAUACGUUUCUCGCGGGUGAUCAGUCGCAUGCGCAGACUGAAAAGAUUUACGAGGAAUUGGAGUUUUUGAUGGGGAAGAUGAAAGAGUCUGGUUAUGUACCUGAAACUAUAUCAGCUCUUCAUGAUGUGGAAGAAGAGGAUAAGGAGAAUCAUUUGGCUGUUCAUAGCGAGAAGCUGGCAAUUGCUUUUGCGAUUAUUAAUACGAGGCCUGGAACGACGAUCAGGAUUACGAAGAAUCUACGCGUUUGUGGUGACUGUCAUAUUGCUGCUAAGCUUAUUUCGAAGAUUGUUGCUAGGGAAAUUGUUAUAAGGGAUACAAAUCGGUUUCAUCAUUUUCGGGAUGGAUUUUGUUCUUGCGGUGAUUAUUGGUGAUGUAUUAGGAGCUUUCUAGCUAUUUGCUGCAUAAUUUUUGAAAUUAUUUGUCAAAACCACAUGUAGUUCUUUCUCUUUAUUAAAUUUGAAGGUUCUUGAUAAUUUGGUAAAAACAAUGCUU